CUGCGAGAGGGAGAGAGAAAGAGGGGCUGUGAAGCUAGUGAGGAGAGGGAGAGAGAAGCCGCCAGAGAAUCAGUUGAGAUACGGAUAGUUCGUGUGGAUGCCUUGAGAGAAGAGAGUUCUUGGAAAGGCUUGGAGACAACUGUAGUCUGUUGCACGCGUCCGUCUGAGCACAUAACAAUAGACGCAUCGUUUGACUGCAACCACAUUAACCACAAGAUAAGGAUUAUUAGGUGACUAUGGGUUCCACAAGUCAUCGGUCGGCGAUGGCAUCUCGACUUGCCAGUCAAGAUACUCUCCUGUGUUCAUUUGGACUUUCAAUCAUACUGCUCCAGCUGUGUGCAGCAUUCAACUUGGACGUCGAGAAUCCUUCUGUCUACAGUGGACCUGAGGGGAGCUACUUUGGAUACGCGGUGGACUUUUAUUUGCCCAACACCUCAAGUGUGAGUAUUAUAGUGGGUGCUCCCAAGGCCAACACCAGUAAAGUGAACAUCGUUGAGGAAGGCUCUGUGUUCCACUGCCCCUGGAGCACCAGCCAGGCCGACUGCCACAGCAUCGAGUUCGACCAUGAAGACGAACGCUCCGUUAUCAUCAACGACACCAGCUCCCCAGGGGAGUUCAAAUCGCACCAGUGGUUUGGAGCAACCGUGCGUUCCCACGGUGACACGAUCUUGGCCUGUGCCCCUCUCUACUCCUGGAGGACGGAGCAAGAUGAACCUCAGGAUGAUGUCACAGGGACCUGCUUCCUGUCUGUGAACAACCUCACUAAGUUCGUGGAGUAUGCUCCAUGCCGCUCAGAAUUGUAUGGAUAUGAGCGCCACGGCUACUGUCAGGGUGGCUUCAGCUCUGACUUCACUAAGGAUGGCACGGUGGUUUUGGGAGGACCUGGUUGCUACUUUGGGCAAGGUCAGGUGGUCGCAGCAGUCAAGGAGGAGAUCAUCCGAGCUUAUUAUCCUGGAUACUUUCUGUCGUCUGUGCACGGAGAAAUGCGGUCCGAAAUACACGUCAAGACGGUUUACAAUGACGACAACUACAUGGGUUACGCGAUGGCCGUGGGAGAGUUUACAGAUGACAAUGUGGAUGAUUUUGUGGCGGGCAUCCCGAAAGGAGAGUGGUUGCACGGUUUGGUUGCUAUUCUGAAUGGGACAGACAUGACCAAAGUGAAGAACUUCACUGGUGAACAGAUGGGAUCAUAUUAUGGGUAUUCUGUCGCAACCACUGACAUCAACAAUGAUGGGCAUACAGAUCUGCUGGUGGGGGCUCCGCUGUUCAUGAUGUGGGAUAAGGACAGGCGUCUGGAGGAGAGGGGCCGUGUGUACGUGUACCUGCAGAAAGGACCACUGGACCUGCAGCCCCAGGCUAUGCACCUGACCGGCACCGAGGUGUACUCGCGCUUCGGUAGUUCCAUCGCCGCGCUCGGAGACCUCAACCAGGACGGCUUCAAUGACGUUGCCAUUGGCUGUCCGUUCGGAGGAGAGGACCAGCAGGGAGUGGUGCAUAUCUAUAACGGCCAUAGUGAGGGGCUCCAGGAGAAGCCCUCUCAGAUCCUCUCUGGCCAGUGGGCCUCCAGCACCAUGCCCUCCAGCUUCGGGUUCACCCUCCGCGGCAACAAGGACAUGGACAUGAACGGAUACCCAGAUCUCAUCGUGGGAGCAUUUGGGGCUGAUAAAGCAGUUGUGUACAGGGGUCGUCCCAUCGUCAACACCAGCGUGUCCCUGGUGGUCCACCCAGCCAUGAUCAACCCAGAGGAGAAGCACUGCCUCAUCAGCCGCGGCAACGAGACCAUCGCCGUGUCCUGUGUCAACCUCAGCUUCUGCCUGCUGGCCAAUGGAAAGCACCUCCCGGACAACCUAGCGUUCCGGGUGGAGGUGCAGCUGGAUCGGCAGAAGCAGAAGCAGAAGGGGCCGGUGCGCAGGGCCCUGUUUGUGGACGACCAGCAGCCCUCACUGGUACGCACGCUGGCAGUGCCCACCGGCGCCCGGCGCUGCCACGAGACCAAGAUCUACCUGCGGGAUGAGAAGGAGUUCCGGGACAAGUUGUCCGCCAUCUACGUGGCCCUGAACUUCAGCCUGGAUCCGCAGGCAGCCCACGACCAGCACGGCCUCCGACCCAUCCUCAACUACCAGACCACCGAAGUCAUCGAACAAAAGGCUCAGAUUCUACUGGACUGUGGAGAGGACAACAUUUGCGUGCCUGACCUGAAGCUGUCAGUGACUGGAGACAAGAAGGAAGUGUACCUGGGCGAUGAAAACUCGGUGACCCUGACUUUCAACGCCAGGAAUGAUGGGGGCGGAGCCUAUGAGGCUGAGCUGCACGUUGUCCUGCCUCCUGAGGCUGACUACAGCGGAAUUGCCCGCAAUAACGAGAGCCUGGCCCAGCUGACCUGUAGCUAUGAGACAGAGAAUCAGACCCGCUACCUCAGCUGUGACCUGGGCAACCCCAUGAAGUCUGGCACCAAUCUGUGGGCUGGUCUGCGUUUCACUAUCCCCCGGCUCAAGGACACGCGCAAGGUGGUGCAGUUUGACGCUCAGAUCCGCAGUAAGAACGAGAACAACUCCCACAGCGAGAUGGUGCCGUUUAAGCUGGACGUGGUGGUCCAGUCCGAUGUGAUCCUCCAGGGGGUGUCGCGACCUGACAAGAUCUACUUCCCACCAACCGCCUGGAAGGUGACCAAGAAGCUGGAGGUGGAGGAGGAUGUGGGCCCAGAGGUCAGCCAUGUCUAUGAGUUGGUGAAUAACGGGCCCAGCAGGAUCAGCCACACAGCGUUGAAGUUGCACUGCCCCAUGCGUCUGCAGACCCACCAGUUCAUGUACCCGCUGGAGGUCAUCACCGAGGGCCCUCUGAACUGCACCACCAACCGCACCGUCAACCCAAACCACCUCAAGCUCCAGCAGCCGAGCACUCAGAAGCCCCCUCUAGAGGACAGCAACGUGCAUCACAUCGAGAAGAGGGAGACCCACAAAAGCCAGAUGUCGGAGAUAAGCAACCUGUCUUGCUCCACUGUAGACUGCUGGGUCCUGUCCUGCAACGUGGGCCUGCUGGAGAGAGGCACCAGCGCCAUCCUGAAGGUCCGAUCGCGGAUCUGGGGCGAGACCUUCUUGAAGUUCCCCAACAAAAACUACAUUCUUGAGUGUCAAGCUACCUAUGAUGUACUGAAGAUGCCUUAUUCUAUCCUGCCUAAGGAGUAUCCAAACGGUGCCAAAAAGGUGGCAACCCCAGUGGUGUGGAAUAAGCCAGACAGCCAGCAUGGCGUUCCUUUGUGGAUUAUCAUCUUGUCCAUACUAGCCGGCCUCUUACUACUGGCUCUGCUCAUAUUCGUCCUCUACAAACUGGGCUUCUUCAAGCGUACAGAGUAUGGCACAGCCAUGGAGAAGGCUCAACUCAAGCCCCCGGCCACCUCAGAAGCUUAGGCUUAAACAGGCCAGACCAACCGAGAGACAUCAGGAGAUUUCAUGAAAGAACCAAAGAAUGACGUUCCCACAAGACCUACAGCUUAAGACAAGACAAGACGAGAGGACACAAGUGUGUGGGUAGCUGUCGAAAAUUCCCAGAAACAUUUUUGGAGGGAAGACCACUGAAACUCCACUGCACUGCACUAGAAGACAGAUCUUACAAAUCAAAACCAAAUGAAUGUUCUUUUUAUUUCGUGUUUUAAUGGAUUUGUUUUUAGUCUCAUUUAGUUUGUUCUGUGUUGUUUUGCCAUCGUCAUACUGGAGCACCGUUGAUAGGUCUGCUCUAUACCGUGGUCAAAGUAUAAUUUUCAAAGAAAAAAGCAGCAGCUAAGAUUUCCUUCCUCAUGGAUUUGGCUGUUAGAGGAUCUGCUUGAGUUUUCACACUUUUUUACACAUUCAUAUACUCAGCUCACAGAAAAGACACUUUCUUUUUUCAUUUUGGUGCUAAUGAUGACAAACACUUAUCACACAACACAAUGCCUGUUGAGUUUUGCUUUUAACAUUAGGGUGGUGUGAUAAUGCAGACAAUACAGCAUUUUUAUUUUGUAGGUAUUUUUUUAAGAAGUCAAAUAACUGCCAAUAAUAACUCGGGACAAUAUUUUGUUUGAGUCUGCCGUGAAACAGGCCAAAGCCUCAACUUGUUUCACUGUGGCUUUUAUUUGUUUUUUUAAUAUUAUUUUAUUUUAUUUCAUUACUUUUAAGUCCGUUUCAGUUUUACUUUGUGGAAGGGGUGCAGCAGGGGACCUGGACUGGUUAUCGCCUUUGCACUCCUCAAAAAAAUCAAGAUGGUCUCUGCCUCAGGUGAUAGAGUUGGAAAUGCAGAGCCUGGAUCUGGAGUCCAGAGACAGGAACUUUAUGACACAGAAACAGACAAAGAGUCAAAACAUACAGGAUGAUCCUGCAACGUGUUGGGAUGUUUUCUCCUCUCCUACUGAUCUUUGUUCUCUGUCCUGUUUAGAUGUCUUGGGUUUUUUGUCUUUUUUCGCAACUUGCAUUGCCUCAAGUUAGUCAUCUGGGACAUGACUGGAUCCACACAGAGAAGAAACAAACCCAAGCCUGUGAAACCUCACUGUUACAUUGAAGCAGAGCUGUGCUUUGCCACUUGAGAGAACACGCAUAGGCUAUAACUCACAGUGCCUUUCCUAUUCCCUGAGAUCAUGUGUGGUUUAGGUAUCCUUAUUGUGCUGGAAUUUGACUGAUCUUUGCCAACAGUGAUGGUCCACUGCAGGGCCCUUACAGCUAGAAGGGUGUAUGUGCACCUUGCAGAAGACGAUUGCAACAUAGUUCACUCAAUGCUGAACAGUGCUGCUUUAAGCCACUGUAAUGCUGUUGGUUGGUCUAAGCACAAAAGGAAAGCAGGGCUGUGGGAUUAGUGGAUGGGAACUGCCUCCCUCCUCCUAGUACUGUUGCUCUCACUAAAGUGCAUUGCGAGUCGAGCCUACAGAAUCCGUUGGCUUGGUAGAACAGUCAUGGAAUUCUGCUCAGGCCCUCUGGUGUGCAUUUCACUUUGUGAGGUUGUAGCUCAUCAGCGGCCUCUGGAGGUCACAGGUAGACGUGCACUGACAAAGAGGAAUUCAAAGGCUGCAGCCUCAAUCCAGGGACAAUUACAUGCAUUUUGCUUGGUUGUAAUGUAAAUUGUGUGUGUGCGUGUGUGUGUGUGUGUGUGCUUGUCUGUGUGUUGCGUGUGCGUGCCUGCAUGUGUGUCGCAUUGCGCAGACUACACACCUGUGUGUGAGUGCGUGCAUGUGUGUGUGUGCGUGUUUGAAAGAAUGAAUGUAUUUGAGUUACGGACACAUGGAUGGAUGGAUGGAUGGAUGGAUGGAUGGAUGAAUGAAUGAAUGAACAGAUGGACGGAUGCCUCAUUCAGUUUCUCCCAAUAGCUCUACAUGGCCUUUAUCCUUGAAAACAGGGAGAUCGAACCAGCAUAGCUGAUAGCUCCACUUGGUGUUACAUCCAAGGAGUGAGCCACUGUUUUUAAGUGGGAAUUUAAACCACAGACUAGCUUUAGUCUCUUGCCAACCAUUCAGUGUCUGUCCAUUUGGGCCACUUCUAAAGGGACAACCGUGUAUUUGAGAGAGCAGACAGAUGUGUUUGUAAGUGCAAUACAGAAAUUAACAGUUUUGAAGUUUGUUGUUCAAAUGUAUUGAGAUUUUCUUUUUUUCCACAGUGUGUAAGUUAUAUACUGUUUAAUGAUGCUUUAUGGUGAGGGAAAUGUGUGCCCUUAAGAGCUGUAACUGGGUCAGACUUAAAGUCUAAUGUCUUCAUUAACAGCGGAAAUGAAUUAGGAAAGCAACUGACUCCAGAUCAGUUAUGAACACAGACAUGCAGUAUGGUCACACAUUUUCCUCAUCAACUUAGUCUUGUGGACUGAACACAGAGGUAAAAGACAAUGCCCAAAUUGUGGGUGGAAUAUUGGCCAAAAGAAAGAAAACAAAUUAAUUUAAGGAUGAAAAAGUCGUAACGGUGGAAACUAGAAUGUUAAGUACUCCGUGAUGGUUGAGUACCAAUAAGGCGUAGCUUUUUGACUACUCUGAAGUGUGAUAAAAUCUUUCAGAAGAUUUUAGACACUAAAUAUUUUGACCAUUCAAGUAUAUUCAAGUGAAUUGUACAUUUGGAUUGAAUAUUAAAUCGGGUGGGUUUGAAUUGUAUUCCGAAAAAGUUUCAUGUCUGGACUGCUAUUAUUUUAUAAAAGUCUUAUUUACCAUCUGCUUGUUGAAUACACUAUAUAUUAUUCUCAAGACACAAGGAUUUCCCCAACUACUCAGUGAUGUGUGUAUUAAAAUAUGUGCAGUAGCCUACAAAACUAUUUAUGAUGUCACGAAUUGUUUUAAAAUUGAAUAUGAGAAAGCACUGGGUUUGUCCUCAUUUUUCUAAAUGCCUUCUUCCCAAUCUCUUUGUGUCAUCCAAAGAUGUCUGAGAUGUACAUAUAUUUUUUUGACAAAGAGAAUAUUUUUGAAUUCAGUUGAAAACCUUUGCCUUGUGAAUUUCUCCUCCCCAUAUUGGGGAGCCUGAAUGCUAUGUUAUGAUGUUGAAGUAAUUAUUUGUAUGGUAUUUUCCAGUUUCCAUUUUGAAUAAAAUUUUCAGCUUGUACUAUA